GAGUGAAUGUGUAACAGAAUGAAAUAUUGGCGUUAAAUAUUUAUUUUUUAAUAAUUCUGUCAUCAUAAUUUCUUAAAAUUACGAUUUCUUACUAUCUUAAACUUCACAAGUUCUAUCGCUUUCACCUGCCUCCCUCGCUCUUUCUCUCUAGAAUUUGUAUCUUCCUCUCUCUACUGUAAUCUGCCUCACUUCCUGCAUAACUUUCUCGAUUCAUGCUAGAAGCGAUUCCUUUUUCCUUAUUACUUGCAGGCAGGAGGUAUAAUGUUUAUAUCGGAGUUAUGAUAAAAUAAUACUUGUUGAGAUCCUCUAUCAUAAAUUUCUCAGAUUCUUUUUCUUUCACAGUUUUAUCUACCUUGAUUCGUGCCUGAGGAGGUAUAUCAUAUGUAGUAUUGGAGGCAGUUUUGGGAUCAGAGACUACUUGUAGAGCUUGAAAUCUUGGGCAUCGCUGUAGCUUCCAAGGAAAUGGACGGGGAUUCAUUUUGUGGCGAGGGUGACAAUUUUGAUUGGGACAGUGAAGAUGAGCGGGAAAUUGAGAAUUUUGGAUUGACUAACUCUUCGUGUUUGGCAGUUCCCGCUGUGGAAGCUACGGCACGCUCAGUAGAGGCAAGCUCGUCAGUACGUUCUUCUGGUACCAAGGUUAUGGAUCAUUUUGUAGGCAUGGGGUUCCCAGAAAAAAUGGUUGCUGAAGCAAUUCAAGAAAAUGGAGAGGAGAAUGCAGAUUUGAUACUUGAAACACUUCUUAAAUUCUCGACAAUAUCGUCUCCAAGUUCUUCUGGCUCCAAGCUAAUUGAUCAUUUUGUUGGGAUGGGAUUCGAUGUGGAAAUGGUUGACAGAGCAAUUCAGGAAAAUGGAGAGGAAAAAACAGAUUCAAUUUUGGAAACUCUCCUCACAUACUCGGUGAUUGAAAAGUCUCAUCAAGAACAGCCACAUGUUGACUCUGAUCACUGGUCUUCAGAAUACGAGGGGAGCUUUCUGAAUGAUUUUUCUGAUAUAGAUAGUUCUGAAAACGAGGAAAAUGGCAAAUCUCAGCCUGUUGAAGGGAACACAUUGCGGUUCUUAGCAAGGAUGGGUUACACAACAGAUGAAGCUUCAAUAGCUCUAGAAAGAUGCGGACCAGAUGCCAAUAUUGCAGAACUAACUGAUUUCAUCUGUGCUGCUCAGAUGGCAAAGGCAGCUGAUGCUUCCUUUCCGGAAGAGAAGCCAAAGAUCAGACAUUUUGAUGAUGACUAUCCUAAAAACAAGAAGAGGAAUUAUGCUGAAUAUGAUAUGUGGAAGAAGAAAAAGCAAAUGAAGUUGGAUAAGAAGUUAUUGAAUGGAGAUGAUGAGCUGAUUCGACUCCCAAAUCCAAUGCUUGGAUUUGGAGUUCCUACUGAUCCUGCAAUUGUAACUCAUAGAAAACUUCCAGAAGCCGCUCUUGGACCUCCCUUUUUUUAUUAUGAGAACGUAGCUCUUGCUCCUAAAGGGGUUUGGCAAACCAUCUCAAGAUUUUUAUAUGAUGUCGAACCAGAGUUUGUUGAUUCAAAAUAUUUCUGUGCUGCUGCUAGGAAAAGGGGCUAUGUGCACAAUCUUCCUAUUCAGAACAGAUAUCCCCUUCUUCCACUACCUCCAAACAAUAUACAUGAAGCACUACCUUUGACAAAGAGAUGGUGGCCUUCAUGGGACACAAGGACAAAGCUAAAUUGCUUACAGACUUGUGUUGCCAGUGCAAAACUAACUGAUAGAAUUCGUAAAGCCCUUGAGGACUACGAAGGAGAACCUCCUUUAAGCAUCCGGAAGUAUGUUCUCGAUGAAUGCCGCAAAUGGAAUCUGCUCUGGGUAGGCAGGAAUAAGUUGGCGCCGCUUGAGCCAGAUGAAGUAGAAAUGCUUUUGGGUUUUCCUAGGAACCACACCAGGGGAGGUGGAAUAAGUAGGACUGACAGAUAUAAAUCUCUUGGUAACUCGUUCCAGGUCGACACCGUGGCUUAUCAUCUAUCAGUUUUGAAAGACAUGUUCCCUGAAGGUAUCAGUCUUCUCUCUCUUUUCUCUGGGAUCGGUGGUGCAGAAGUUGCUUUACACCGGCUUGGUAUUCGUCUGAAGCGUGUGGUGUCGGUUGAGAUCUCAGAAGUAAAUAGGAACAUUAUGAGGUGCUGGUGGGAGCAAACCAACCAGACAGGGACAUUGAUUGACAUUGCUGAUGUGCAUGACCUGAAUGCUGAUCGGUUAGAGCAGUUGAUGAGCUCAUUUGGCGGAUUUGAUCUUGUUGUUGGCGGAAGUCCGUGUAACAAUCUUGCCGGUAGCAACCGACACCAUCGAGAUGGCCUAGAGGUUCCUUCAAUAUAUUGCCCUGGACAUGACAUGCAUGCUGAUUUGUUGAUACCGAUGACAAAUGACAACCCAGCAAGGACAUUUUAUCAUUGCCCAGUUAGGAAGAACGAUGACUUUAUGUGCUUUGAAUGGGUUGAUCCUGAGCUUCCACCUUUCUAGAAGGGAUGCUUCAUUGAAGGCAGAAAGUGAUAACUUACAGGAGUAAGUAAGGUGCAAGUAUGAAAUGAAGAAGAUUCUUGCUAAAAAAUUGAAUAUAAAGAAUGUUCAAAUAGCUAGGGAGAAGGAACGCCAUGAACAAGUACUGAACAGGGUAGAAAAAAGAAAUUUUGAUUUGGACAGGAAGAUUGAAAAACUCGAUGGCAAGAGAAGGCAACUUAUGGAGGAUGAGAAAAAUCUCAAGGAGAAAUUGAGAAUCUCUAAAGCAUUGGCUUCUGGAAUGGUUGUACUGGUAGUUAUUAUGUUUGUUCAUGCAUUAGCUUGUUCACAAAGUAGUGGUAAGAGG